UCGGUGGCGCAUGCGCAGGGGACGGCGGGAAAGGUUGCGCCGGAGGCGCGCGCUGAGCGAGUCGCGAGCCGGACUGACGAGGCCUGAAAGGGCCUGUUCGCGGAACCGAGAGUUAGAAUUGUAUGAAAAUCAGAAGUGCUUCUUGUUGUUUUUGAGCAGAUUCCUUGCCCAUUCUAUUGUAGAGCAUCUGAAGAGCCAGCAAAAGGUCAGAGUGGCAGAAGCACAAAGAACAGAGAGGAGUGUAACCCCAGAUAUGAGCUCUACUCAGGAAGGUGAACACCCCCUUGAAAGAGCUGGAGCUGCUCCAGAGAGUCUGCCUGGAAUGGAGACAGAGGCCCAGGCUUCAAAAUCUUCACUGACAAAUUUAUCUACUGAGAUAGAGUUUUCUGAGAAUCUCCAUGAAAUCAAGUCUUGGGAAGAUAAGAGCACAGCUAACUGGCAUCAGAUGCUCAGGGUUUCAGAAUCUCAGGCUUUCAAGGCUCGGGUAUUGAAGGCCCAGGCCUGGGAGAUUCAGGCUAGUGAGGCCCACAGAAGAGCCAGCCAAACCAGGCACACCUCUGUACUGGAGAUGGAUGCUACCCAAGCCCUGAAACAGAAACCCUUACCUGAGAAGGUUCAAGCUACAGAGAAAGAAAAGUGUGAGAUCCUCUUUACUCGUCCAUGCUGGUCCAAUAAGAUUGAGUACAUUCUGACUCAAGUGGGCUACUCCAUGAAGAUAAGCAGUCUCUGGCAUUUUUUCAUCCUGUGGCUUCACAAUGGAGGUUGCAGUUUUCUCAUCAUCUACAUCCUCAUGCUGUUCUUGGUUGGGGUUCCUCUUCUAUUCCUGGAGAUGGCAGCUGGUCAGAGGAUACGUCAGAGCAGCAUUGGUGUAUGGAAGGUCAUCAGCGCCUGGAUUGGUGGUGUGGGGUAUACCAGCUUCAUGGUAUGCUUCAUCACUGGCUUGUAUUUGAAUGUGAUCAAUGUCUGGACCCUCUUCUACUUGAGCCAGUCCUUCCAGUUUCCAGUUCCAUGGGAAAAAUGUCCUUUAUUGGAGAACUCCAGUGACUUUGAUCCCGAAUGUGCACGGACGACUCCCUCCUUGUACUUCUGGUACCGGCUGACCUUGAAAGCUUCAGACAGAAUUGAGGAUGGUGGGUCACCAGUCUUCAGUCUGAACCUGUUCUUAUUGGUGUCCUGGUGUCUUAUUGGUGCUUUCAUGAUUAAUGGGCUCAAGUCCACUGGGAAGAUAAUGUUGGUCCUGGUGCCAGCCCCCUAUUUCAUCAUCCUUUGUUUCCUCUUCCGGAGUCUACUGCUGGAAGGGGCAGCAUUUGGCUUUCAACAUUUGAUGCUUGUCAAGAUAUCAGCUAUGUACAACAUGAAUGUAUGGUGUCAAGCAGGAAAUCAAGUCUUGUUUGCCUUGGGUCUAGGCUUGGGCCCUGUUGUCUCCUUAUCCUCGCACAUGUACCCAUCCACCAACUGUCUCAGUGAUGCCUUGAUUGUGGCUCUGGUCAACCUGUUCACCAUGCUGCUGGUCACAUCUUUUUCCUUCUGUGUCCUGGGCUUUUGGGCUACAGUUAUCACGCACCGCUGCAGUGAGAAGAAUGCUGAAACACUUGUAAAGCUGGUAGCCAUGGGGAAACUGCCUCUUGAGGCCCAGCCUCCUCCAAACCUGACUGCUAACCCAACCUCUGUCUUCAACUCCUGGCUCAACAGCCUUCCCCAGCCCAUCAAGCAUAUGGUCUUUGGCUACGUGACUGAAUGCAACUUAGAGAAACAGUUUUUGAAGGUUAAGGAGGGUCCAAGUUUUGCAUUUGUGGCCUUCAUUGAAACCAUGUCAUUCAUCCCUGGGUCUGUCUUCUGGUCCAUCCUCUUCUUCCUGCUUUUGCUGAUUUUGGGGCUGAUCAGCAUGAUAGGGAUCAUGCAAGGAAUCCUCAUUCCAUUCCAGAACACCUUUUCUUCUUUCAGGAAAUCUACGAAACUGCUUACAGAUCCAAUGUUUCCUCCAGUGGUUGUCUUUGGGUUCAUGUUCCUGUGUGACCUCUUCUUCACUCGACCUUCAGGCAUCUACUACAUCAGACUGCUGAGUGAAUACUGGAUAGUCCUCCCCAUAAUCAUCACCAUCAUACUUGAAAACAUGGCUGUGGGCUGGGCCUAUGGGGCCAGGAGUCUUGUGUCCCUUCCUCCCAGGUUCCUUGAAGACUUGGCGAUCGUAUGGGGAUCCCCCGCCUCUGCCAUCAUUCGUUGGCUGUGGUGCUUUCUGUGUCCAAUUGUACUGGUAGCCCUCUUUGUGAUUACUCUGAUUCAUCUAUCUCUGAAGAGUAUCACCUAUGUGGCCUGGGACUCAAGCAGUUCAAAAGAGGUCCUUCGACAAUACCCAUCAUGGGCACUGCUUGUGAUGAUUGCCCUUUUUCUCAUUGUCAUCCUCCCCAUCCCCACAUAUUUUGUAUACUGCCUCGCCCACAGGAUUUCCUUCACUUCCACAAGCCAGGGCAAGCCUAUAAUAUCCUUCAAAUCCUUACCCUUAAUCCAGCCAAAACCCAGUAAAGAGGUCCACAAGGAGGAAACCCUCUAAGGUGAAAUCAAGUUGGUGGUCAUCCUGUUGUGUGAUUGCUUAACCUCAUUCAUUCGACAUCACACAUUCCUGGAAACAGCAUAAUAGGCAACUCCUAAUACCAAUUUGCAACUGUUGAUGUCCUCCGACCCAGAACUGCUUUUAAUCCUGAGUAGAGGCAUUAUUUGGUGGACUCCCGGGGCCUCACUUUGCAGCCCCCUCCCAGACCCCAUCCUCCCUGGUUACUACUGUUCAUUGUGUUUUCCCCAUCUCUCCCUCAGUAUAUAUAUGCCCAUUAUAUAUAUAUUGUCAGUAAUGCCUACCAAACCUGCUUCUUGACUGGUCUGUCCAGCUUCUGAAAGGGAGCUGGAGGAGUAAUGCUGUUGGUCAAUAAAUCAGUCCAUUGGGACUCCUAGUACUGGG